UGUAGCCCUAUUUCUGCCCCCUCCCAAUGUGUGUCUUGGAUACCGCAAUUCCUCUUUCCUCAUUUGUUGAGAGGCUCGUGACGUCACACGUCCUCCAGCUGACUGACGGUGGUGCCGGAUCUUCGUCGCGGGGGUCCGUCCGGACCUUGGUGAUGCAGGCUCGGUACCGUUCCAUAUUCGAAUCCUAAACCUCCAUCUUAGAAUAACCCGGAAUGCGCAUAUGUUUAUAAAUCGCGUCAUUUUGAUUUGCAUGCAACUAAUUUAGGACGGAAGCUGCAUUUUGAAUACUUGAACAAAGAUGCUUACACAAGAAAGUGACCGUGAUAGAAGAGGAUGGAGAUGACUCGUGACUGACUUUAAUUGAUCUUCCGCACCAUGAGGACAAUAUGAUUGGCGCAUCCAGUGUCUCGGGGGACACCCUGAUUGCGUGCCACUUCCCGCUGCUUCCGCUUCCCGCCUGGCAACUUCCCGUUCGAGCCCUGUGCGGCUCGGCCAGGAGGCCGGGCUCCUCCGGUCUGCCCCGGGCGGCGUCCCUCCCAGAGCGAGACGGGAUCAACCAGGAGCAUCCCAUCGCGAUUAGUCAGAAGCAUUUUUCCAACAGUUUCGCAAGCCUCCACGAAGGCCGAGUGGACGAGGAGGAGGAGGAGGAGGAUGGCACCGGUGACUGCGUCUCCGCCUCGUCAGCAGAAGAAAGCAAAAAGGAAGCGGUUCGAGCGAGAGCGAAUCAGCGCUGGCACAACUCAUUCCUUCCCAAUCCGGACCCGGAUGAGGACGAUGAGGAUAGCGACGGAGACAAUCUUCACAAAUACCGCGAGGAUUCAUCUUUUGUGUUGCACGGGACUUGCAAGUGGCACAAAAGCGCCGCCAAUGACGAGGCGGCCCACGGCAACACGGACUGGGGCCGGGAAGACUUCCUGCAAGCUCGGGGCCCCCUUCUCGGCAGAUGUGGCCCCGUGGCAACUGACGGAAUGCCCGAUCACAUCUCCUGCCGCGUCCACAACCGACUCGAAUCUACCUCAGAGAUGUUCCCCAAUAGCCAAGCCGACGACGCCAGCGACUCCUCCUGCGGCAGCUCCGACGGGAUCCUGGUGAACUUCUGCACCAUGUACGACCACAGCAACAACCCCGCCGUGCCUCGUGACCUCAGCAGCCCGCCGGCUCAGCCAUCUCCAUCGCCGGAGAGAUCGGUGUUCCUCAACCUUCGACCUCUUCCAAGUGAGCGCAGUGACCAAAGUUUGCACAGUCCCCUGCGAGAGGAGCUUCUCAAGGCCGCGUCUUGCUGGUCGCCUCGAGAUGGAGACCCAGGCCGCACUCUUCAUCCCUUGGAACGUCGACCUCCUCAAGAUCUCUCUUCUCCGGAGGCGUCCGACCAAGCUGCCUGUCUCCAGAGCCAAGCCGCACUGCUCACUGGGACUAAUCAGACGUACUACAAGCUGGUGAAUUGUGAUCUUUCGUCCCAGUCGCCCGGCGCGACCUGGUUCAACUUCACCGGCUGCCCCGAGGAUGAGAGCAUCAGCGGCCCCGAGAUCCACUCGGAUCAACAGAGGGACAUUUUUCCAGCCCCGGAUUUUCUGCUUGCCGACACUUCCGAAGAGAAAUCCUCCUCCAGGACGAAAGACCACAUUCAGAACCGAGGCCACAUGCCGGGUUUUCUUUGCGUCAACCAGAGCUGUGAAUGCCUGGCCUCAUGCACAACAACUGCCCAACAAAAUGUGACAUUAAACCAGGAAAAAUCUCACCUUGAGAAAGGUAAGGAGAGUGUGUGA